AGUUAAAGUGGAAGCAUCAAUUCUCCUGCAUCCAGCGUGUUCCAUCCACCAUCGCCGCAUCACCAUGGCUGCUCUGAGCUCCGUUGCGCUUUGCAAUGUCGUUCCUUCAGGAAGAUGCGUCGCGCAGAUAUUCCCGGGUGCAAAUUCCUCGGCCUCCUCUUUCGUAUGCGGAGAUUUCAACCUGAAGGCCGUCAGCCAGCGUCAAUCUCCAGCAUUCGCUGCGAAACGGCCAAGCGCCGCUGUCGCCAAGGUUUCUGUCGGCGACGAGGCUCCGCCUCUGCAACUGACCGACCAGAACGGUCGCGUGUUUGACCUGGCCAAGGUCAAGGGGAAGAAGAACGUGGUUCUUUAUUUUUACCCCGCGGAUGACACUCCCGGAUGCACAAAGCAGGCAUGUUCGUUCCGCGAUUCUUUUGAGGAAUUCCGGAAAUUAGGCGCCGAGGUUGUCGGAAUCAGCGGCGACUCACCGGAGUCCCACAAGCUGUUCGCCGAGAAGUACAGCUUACCCUUCACUCUGCUGUCCGAUGAGGGCAACGCUGUGCGCAAGGAGUGGGGCGUCCCUAGUGACCUGUUUGGGGUCCUUCCUGGACGUCAAACCUACGUGAUUGACAAGAAGGGCGUCGUGCAGCUCAUUUUCAACAACCAGUUUCAACCAGAGAAACACAUUGCGGAGACAAUAGCGGUGUUGGAGGCUCAAGUUGAGGAGCCAAAAUCAUUUUUCCAGUUCCCAAAGUUCUUCUGAAGAACAGUGAAGUAUUUUGCAACGAGUAUGUUAUCACCUAUUCGACGGGUACAUAUCUUCUGCAAACAUAGUUGACAAAAAGGAAAAAAAA